UUUUCAAUAUCAUUUCUUCUAAUGCUUUUGAAGCUUGUAUCAAUGGCUGCGUCUGAAUGUUGUUAGAAAGUUACUGCCUUUAUUGCUUGUUUGAGUUCAGUUGAUGCAGAGAGGCUUUCCCUUUUUUGGGUUUUGAUGUUUGGUGUAAACCAAGUAGUCCCUUUUUAUCAAUGGUUGUAUCAAUCAUUGGUGCUCUGUUUCUAGCUUUGUAUUGUUCAUUGCGUCUAAAUGAUGUUAGCUUGUGGCUAUGUUGCUUAUUUGGGUUUGGUUGAUGUAGCAAGGCUUUGCCUGUUUUGGGUUUUGAUAGUUUUGUAGUUUGUUUGAGUGGUAAAUCAGAUGAUCCCAUUCUGUGCAAGUCUUGAACAUAAACUGGGAAUGCCAUCAUUAUGAAAGACUCCCGAAUAGUCAUUAACUUGGAAUUUAUAGAUCUGUUUGCACCCAAUGUUUCAAAGUAUUCUACUCAUUUCUGCUGAAUUAAAGUCAAUUUGAUGCGUUUGUUGAAAUACAUAUGAUGUAUAGUAAAAUGAAAUUGUUUCAUUCAUUGAAAUCCAUUCAGUUCAGUUAUGAAUAAUAACUGUAGGAGCAUGUUUUGUACCAUUUAUGAACUAAUUUUCAUUAAAAAAGUGAUGUUGUCUAACAGAAGUAGUAAUUUUAAUUCAAAUAUCUGCCUGUGUUGUGUUCUUGGUAAUGAUCUGUAUAUUCUGAAACUCUCUUGGAAUGAGAAUCUGAUAUACAGAAUAUGUGUGCAUAAUAGUGGAGUUUGAUCUGUUAAACCACCUUAAUCAUGUCCUCAUUAUUUGGUAUUCACCCCUUUACUCUCUGUAAUCAACCUAGUCAAGAAUCAUUGUGUAGGUAGCAGUUAAUCUGUACUUAUGUUAUUUGUAUUGGUUUAAACACACAUCAAUCCUUUUGCUUAAAGUAGGUUUCACUUUAUUUCAGUGUUUAUUACAAUUACAAAAGGAGUUGGAUUGCAAGUUUCUAGUUUCGAUGAACUGCUGAAUAUGUUCAUCUUGUAGAAAGCAUUUUGGAAUCUCAUUAAGUUCUAACAUGUACUGUUAACAAUAACUAGUGCCAGCAUGAGCUAGUAUUGGGUAUUCAUAGAAAAAGGUUUUUAUUUUAUUUUUAAUUUUUUUAAGUCAUAAAUUGGUCUAAAUAUGAGAAACUAAGCAACCUGUGCUCCUCCAAAGAUCAUUUCUUGGUGGUUGACUUUGUUAGAAGCAUUUAUCUACAUCUAGGAUGCUGUUCUUAGUAGAGGGUCAUAUCUACCAAUAAAUAUUAGUGUUAAAGAUGCAGAUUCUUGCUCCUAGAAGCAUCAAUUUACUUAAAAUAACACUUUGACAAAUUUUUUCUGUUUACUACCCACUUUAAUUCUUUAAAGUUCCAUCUAUAGUGCUUUUCCGCAGUCUCUAAUGUGUUGAAGCAACUCAAAAGCUGUGAAACUUUGUUGCAUUUCCAUCCUUCACCCUGUAGACAUUACUUAGCCCACUUAAAAGACUUCAUGCAGCAUAAAUCUGUUGUUUAAGAAUGCAUUUUUAAGUAUUGGGAUCAACUCAGAAGCUGACGGCCAAGAUGCAGGGGUGCAAAAAUACACAGGCCAUUUGAAUGGGUAUUGUCUGUCAGCACUUGCAGACGUCCUGUUCUGAAGCUGAAGCCUUCAGCAAGACAACCCUCGCUACUGAAGUGCAUCAGACAUCGCUGAAGCCUUCUGUAAGACAACAGUCACUACUGGAGGUUAUAUGAUGGACUUUUGCCAAACAUAUUAAUUGAGGGGUUCUUGAGCAAGUGCCUUUCACUUGGGAGAUGAAAGGUGGAUUUAACUAUAAAAUGCUGGGGAGACCAGUCUCUGUCACUUUGACUGCUCUUGUUUGUACAACCAUAUUACUUUUGGUUUGGGAGAAAAAUCCUUUUGCGGAUACUCUACUAUUGGCCCGAGAACAUUUUCCAAUUCCUUCGAUAGAUUUUCUGGAGGACUCCUCCUCAAAAUCUUUGAAGACAGAUGAGAAUGUUCAAGGGAAGGAUUCACCUUCUGUUAUAAUAGAAGAAGCAAAAGAAAUUGAAAAUUCUGGUGCUGCACCAGUUCAAGGGAAGGGGUCACCUUCUAUUAUAAUAGAAAAAACAAACAAAACACAAAAUUCUGGUGCUGCACCAAUUCAAGGGAAUUCACCUUCUACUACAAUAGAAGAAACAAACAAAAUAGAAAACUCUGGUGCUGCACCGACAGAUUUUGCAUCUUCUCCUAGAGUGCAUGAACAUAAUUCGAAUGCGACAUCUCCUCACCAACCUAAAGUCUGUAAUUAUGCCAAGGGUAGAUGGAUUCCAGACAGCAGGCGACCAUUGUAUUCUGGGUUUCAUUGUAAGCAAUGGUUAUCAGCAAUGUGGGCUUGCAGACUGACACAACGACCAGAUUUCUCUUUUGAGGGAUACCGGUGGAAGCCAGAAAGUUGUGAAAUGCCAGAGUUCGAGCGAUCUGCAUUCUUGAGAAGAAUGCAGGACAAGACAAUUGCUUUUAUAGGAGAUUCUUUGGGCCGACAGCAGUUCCAGUCUUUAAUGUGUAUGGCAACCGGUGGAGAAGAAAGCCCAGAAGUGCAAAAUGUGGGAAAAGAAUAUGGCCUUGUCAAACGUCGUGGAGCCAUUCGUCCUGAUGGCUGGGCCUAUCGAUUUCCGAAGACCAAUACCACCAUUUUGUAUUACUGGUCAGCAAGCCUCAGUGAUCUUGUGCCGCUUAACAGCUCAAACCGAACCACUGAUAUUGUGAUGCAUUUGGACCGUCCUCCAGCUUUCAUGAGGCAGUACCUUGAUCGGUUUGAUGUGUUGGUUCUUAAUACAGGGCAUCACUGGAACAGGGGAAAAAUUAAUGGAAAUCGGUGGGUAAUGUAUGUAGAUGGAAAACCUAAUGAAGAUAAAAGGCGUGCACAAAUUGACAGAGCAAAGAAUUUUACCAUACAUAGUGUUGUCAGGUGGCUUGAUUCACAACUUCCAUCGCAUCCCCACCUCAAAACAUUCUUUAGGACCAUCUCACCAAGGCAUUUCUUUAAUGGUGACUGGAACACUGGGGGGUCCUGUGAUAAUACUACUCCGAUGUCUGGAGGAAGUGAAGUGGUCCAAGAAGGAUCAAGUGAUUUAAUCAUUGAGUCUGCUUUGAGAGGUACAAAGACAAAAAUUUUGGACAUCACUGCUCUUUCUCAAUUGAGGGAUGAAGGUCAUGUAUCCCGCUACACCAUUAGAGGAACUGCUGCUGUAAAUGAUUGCUUGCACUGGUGCCUACCUGGAAUUCCAGACACAUGGAAUGAACUUCUUAUUGCACAAAUAUAGGGCGAGACUUUGGGAAGAAGAAACCAAAUCUGCCAUUCUUCAGGGUCCGAGAAUACCAAUUGUUUUCUGGUAUUAUUAUUAUUUUUUAAUAAUAUUUUUUCACAAGUUUCAUAGUGUUGAUAGAAAUACAAUAGGGAAAGCUUCUACUCGAAUUCCAGUUAUUAACAUGAAUGCUAGUUGUUGAUAUAGGCAAAGUUCAAACAAUGAGGGUGUUCACCAAAGAGCGGUUUAUACCCUCAAGAGUCCUGAGGAUCUGUGGGUAGCAGUCUGCCUGUUGUAUUGUAUGUAACAUAACAACCAUUAUGAUCAUGGUUGCUGCUAAUCUAAUGAUGGAAGAGUUUUCUUGAUUC